AUGUCCAGCAGCGACUCUGAAUGCAAACACGAGGCUGGUAUUAACCAAGAAAAAUUGGAAAUAUUGAAGAGCUUGUACUCAAAGAUCAAUUGGGAGAUUGCCAUUGAGCGAUACAAAUUUCUACACCAACUUGAUCCUUUAAUCAGCGAUUGGCAGGACCAACUUCCCAACCUGCGAGAUAUUUUCCGAAAAGAAGAAAUUGAUUGGCUUCUGAGGCAGUCUGUAAUUGACAUUUGCGAAGACGAUGAAAGUCCACGGUUCAUUGAAUUCGUGGCUCGCAGCGGCUACAAAGACGAGCCCGACCUCGACCAAGACGGCAAGCCAAUUUUGCGUCGCACCACUGCAGUACAUGAAGCUUUUUCAAGAGAUGUGGAUAAAGUCAUCCCUACUCUUUUCAAAAUUUACGAUCGAUUUGAUGUGAAUUACACCGAUGACGAUGGAUUGACGCACUUUCACAUCGCCUGCGAGCAUCGCUGCUGUUUGUACGUCGUCGAGAAAUUUCUUGAGCUCGGACAGGAUCCCAAUUGCCUCUGGACAGGACCAGAGUUUUCGCCGCUGUAUUUUGCUUGGCGAAUGGGUGAGAGGGAAAUUAUGCUACUGCUUCUGAAAUACGGGGCUGAUCCGACUUGGGCCCGCAACGAAGAUGGAAGAACAUUUCUGCACUUGAUAUGCCACGAUGUAGACGAUGACGGUGAUUUUGUAAAGAUAUUAUUCGAGAUCAGUGAGGAAAAACAACGUCAGUUGCAGAUCGACGUACAGGACGUGUUCGGCUACACACCAUUGUACUUGGCUCUAGCAAAUUACAACAUUGAAAUUGCCAAACUAUUACUGCAAAGAGGCGCCGAUCCGAACUUGGGCGGGUUUAAAGAAGUUACAGCUCUGCACAUCUUAUGCAUGAGAGAGAACGACGUCGACAUUGACACGAUAAGUUUGUUGUUCGAGAUGUGUGAUCGAUUCGGUAAACCGGUCGAGAUCAACGCCCGGUCACCCGUGACGGGUAGGACAGCGUUGCACUGGGCUAUGGAAAAGGAGAACUACGAGAUUGCCGGACUGUUACUGCGCAAAGGCGCCAAUCCAAACUUGGCCGAGAAUGAUGAAUAUAACACAUCUCUGCACAUGUUUUGCAUGAAUAUUUACGACGACGACGACACCGCCGACCCUGAAUUGAUGGAGAUUCUCAUGGAGGUCCGUUACGAGCAUGGACCGCUGCAAAUCAAUGCCCAGAACAAGGAGGGUGACACGCCGCUGCACUUGGCUGUGUGGGCUGGUGAUUGUAACGUGAUCGACUGGCUGCUGAAAAAUGGAGCCAAUCUAAAUUUGGCCAACAAGGAGGGAUUUACACCUCUACAUAUUCUUUCCAAGGAUGUCUUCGGAAGGGAUAGGGAAAGGGUGAAAGGAUAUUUCGAAACGUGCGACGAAUUGAAUCUGCCGGUGCUGGUAGAUGCAAAGGAUAACGAGGGCCUCACUCCUCUUCACUGGGCCGUGGCGAGUUUCUUUUUCGAUGCGGUCGACGAACUCUUGAAUCACGGUGCCGAUCCGUCGAACUUCGUUUUCCCCAACGUGAGCUGCUUUGCCAAGGCAUCGAGAAUGGACUCAUGCAAGAAUCACUUUAUAAAUAUUUUGGUUGCUAAAUUGAGAGCUGCUACUCAACUUCUGCCCAUUAUCGAUCGACUCGUGGAAGCAGGAUACGAGCCGGACUGGGACAACUGCAAGCUGACGAUUGUGACAUUUUUCGCCAAGUACGAAGUGUUCGAGAAAUCGCGGGAUCUCGAAGAAUACAAUUGGCUCGACGACGAGGAGUUUUUGGCCAUGGCGAGGAACAUAAUGGUAAAAGCGGACUUGUCUCUCUACGACACGAUCCAGUUACCACCCAGAGAGGCAGUGGUACGACUCGAGCAUGCGGACUACGACUACAUGGAGUAUACCUUCGAAGAUUUUCGCGAGCUUCCCGAAAGGCAGCAAAAGGCCUGCGUCAUGCAUCUGUGCGAGAAAGCGAUGAGACGACUUUUCCAGCGAUGGGCACUGGAUCCUUUCUGGAAACUAAUUCACCAUAGAUUGCCAAUCGAAUGCUGUGAAAUGAUUCUGGAUAAUUUGAAAAACGAAGAUUUAUGUAAUAUUUUCUUAGCGGGUGUUGGCCAAAGUUGAGUGAUGUCAAUAAGAAAAUGAAAUAAAAAAUUUUAAAAAAUCUAGAAAAUUAAAAAAUCCAAUCUAAAAUAAAAAAACCACUGAACCUCAUGCAAAAAGUGUUAUUCCUAUUUUAUUUAUAAAUGCUAAUGAAGCAAUUAUUCACACUGAAACCAUCUGAAAAAAAAGAAAAUUUCUUCUUCGCGAUGUAAUUUUUAAAAUAAUUUAUGAAUGCCAACGUUAUCUAUCUAAAACUCAAGCUUGCCUACUCAUCGUUCAAAACCACAUCUCAAAUUAAAAAACAAUCAAUA